UGUAUUUCAUACUGUACGAUGUCCCAAAGGGAAAAAGUGAAGAAUUUUCCCGAAAAUUCUGAUUUAGAAACCAUAUAAAUAAAAGCGAGCUUGUAUUUUUAUCUAAAGUGUUUAAAUUGAACAAAAUGGCAAACUUUCUUGCUUGUUAUAAUCGGGGCUGUGGACAAACUUUCGAGGAGGAAAAGAAUAACGAAAAAUCAUGUCGUUACCAUCCGGGAGAACCAUUUUUCCAUGAUGCUUACAAAGGAUGGUCUUGUUGCAAGAAAAAAAGUGUUGAUUUCACUGAAUUUCUAAGUAUUAAGGGGUGCACUUUGGGAAAACACUCGAACGUUAAGCCUUUGGAAUUGGAGAAACCUGUUCAAGAAAUUCAUGAAGAUACUGUACAGCCUACUCCUUUAGAACAAAUAAAAAGACUACCAAGGCCAGAUAUUUCAACGCCGAUGGUACAACUUGAGGCCAAAGUUGCUCCUGCGUUGAAAGAGUCAAUCGAUUCUUUGCCACCAUUAGAGAAAAAAAAAAUUAACAAAUCAUCAGCUGAAAUUGCAGUUGGAACCGUUUGCACAAAUGCUGGAUGUAAUAAAGCAUACGAAGGAUCAUCAACUGAUGAAACUCAGUGUUUUUUUCACCCUGGAGUUCCAAUUUUUCACGAAGGAAUGAAAUACUGGAGUUGUUGCCAAAAAAAAACAUCUGACUUUACGGCCUUCAUGAAUCAGACAGGUUGUGAUGUGGGAAAGCACAAGUGGGUGAAAGAUGACUCUCAAGUACAGGCAGUAAAAUGUCGAUGGGAUUGGCAUCAAACUGCCUCAAAUAUAGUCGUCAGUGUUUACGCUAAAAUGUAUGAUUACCGAAGAAGUGUUGUACAAAUUAACCCUAUCAGAUUGUAUGUGGAGCUAGUGUUUCCUCAGCAAAACGAUAAUAAAUUCAUUAUUGAUUUGGAGUUGAGAGGAAUUAUUCGUAUUGAGGAUGCAACGGUACAAAUGCUCGGUACUAAAGUAGAAAUAUGUCUGCCAAAAGCAGAGCCAGGAUCUUGGUCAAAACUAGAAAUACCACCCAAAAAAAUAAUGAAAUCGGAAAUUAAACAGGAAAAAAAUGAAAAGCCUAUUGAGAAGGAUCAUGACUCCGAUAUUGAUUUAGACGACUUAGAAAUGACUGGUGUACAGAUUUCAGAAGUCAAAUAAACUCUGAGAAAUUCAA